UUUAUUAAUCUGGAAUGUGGAUGGAGUAAAGAAUGUAGGUUGAGUAGGAAAAUAAUAUUUUAGGAAUAAAAUAGUAGGAAGGGUAUAAAUGGGAAUUGGCGAGACAGUCUGGUUCCCAUAAUCCACCUCCUCCUUAUCUGAUUCUGAUCUCUCAUCAGUCAUCACACUGAUGACGAUGCCGCGAAUCCUGAUCGCCACUCUCCUUGUCCUCCUCGCACACUCCGCCGCUUCGCACCCCCAAUUCAACGAGGCCCCCGCAUUCCGCAACGGCAAGUCGUGCUCCCCCAGUCCCACGGAGGUGGUCCACAUCGCCAUGACCCUGGACUACUCGACCCCUUACCUGCGCGGCUCCAUCGCCGCCGUCCUGUCCGUCCUCCAGCACUCCUCCUGCCCGGAGAACACCGUGUUCCACUUCCUGUCCGUCCCCCUCCACCACCCCCUGCUCCGCUCCACCGUGGCCGCCACCUUCCCCUUCCUCCGCUUCCACCUCUACCCCUUCCACCCCUCCGCCGUCCUCCCCCUCAUCUCCUCCUCCGUCCGCCACGCCCUGGACCAGCCCCUCAACUACGCCCGCAUCUACCUCCCCUCCCUCCUCCCCCGCUCCCUCGCCCGCGUCAUCUACCUCGACUCCGACCUCAUCCUCGUCGACGACAUCGCCCAUCUCUGGAACACCAACCUCCACUCGCACGUCCUCGGCGCCCCCCAGUACUGCCACGCCAACUUCACCCACUACUUCACCCCCACAUUCUGGUCCACCCCCUCCCUCGGCGCCACCUUCCGCCGCCGCACGCCCUGCUACUUCAACACCGGCGUCAUGGUCAUCGACCUCCUCAAGUGGCGCCGCCACGCCUUCACUCAGAAGCUCGAGCACUGGAUGAGGAUCCAGAAGCGCUACCGAAUCUACGACCUCGGCUCCCUCCCGCCCUUCCUCCUCGUCUUCGCCGGAGACGUCGCCCCCGUCGACCACCGCUGGAACCAGCACGGCCUCGGCGGCGACAAUCUGCGGGGGCUAUGCCGGGACCUCCACCCCGGCCCGGUCAGCCUGCUGCACUGGAGCGGCAAGGGGAAGCCGUGGCUCAGGCUCGACGCCAAGAGGGCUUGUACCUUGGAUUAUCUGUGGGCCCCAUAUGAUCUCUUUAAACACCAGAUGCUGAUCUCCGAUAGCUGAGCCUGAGUUGGAGACUGUGAAAUUGGGAGCCCAGAGAGGGGUAGUUUCGGAAUGCGUGAAAUGGAAUUCUGCCUCCUGCCUCCACAUUUGUUUUUAUUUUCUUCUGGGCUUUUGUUCUUGGACUAUUGGUCAAGCUAGAAUCUGCGCCGUGGUUGUGGUUGUGGCAUUGCGUGAAUGAUGUGGUAUGGCUUGGAUUAGGACACUCAACACUCAACACUCAACCAUUUCUACACAUUCUGUAUAUACGGCUCUAGGACAAGUGUUUCUACCUUUUGUGUUCCUUGAGUUCAAUCUUUAUCAAAUUUUAUGAAUAAUUGUGAUUAUUUUAAUAUUCCA